GGGGUACCCAGAUCCACACUGGUAGAGGCUGACAUAGUGUCAUAACGUCUGCUGCUGUGUUGGUCAGUAACUGUUGAGAUCAACAACAGGUUCUGAGCACAUACGAACGUUUAAUACUUUUCCUGUGCAUCCAAGUUACCCGGCGAUUUGAAGACUCGUAGAAGUAGCAGUCUCUGAAGCAGUAUUAUUUCCAGCCAUGGAACUGGAGAAGUUAAUCAGCUCCAUCAUUUACUGACGGUUAUUGGGAAAGCACGCAUACCCUGUAUGGCGUGUUCAUGAUAAAUGGGAAACUAACACCCUAGGGACGAUACUCGGGAUCCCGUCUGGACCAGUGCACCUUUACUCUGUACGGGGGCAACUGGAGAUUCACACUUAACGGUUUGCCGCCGUGGUACUGAGGUCCACUGUUUGUCUUCAUUCUGAGGCUCAGCAGGCCGUAACAAAGGCUGAUACACAUUUCCGUGGAGGUUACAAGAACUACAAGAGAACUGCUGGUAAAAUCUACUGAAAAGCAUUUUAAAGAAUCAGUUUACACGACCUUGCGACAAUGAAAGUGGAGUGCAACUUCUUCAGUGGGUCAGCUCAUAUCUUGAAUGAUGAGACUAUUAUGGACAUUAUUAAAGAGCUUGCUCGAGAUCCUGGACAAGAGGACCCAUUCUAUGUUUUGGAUGUUGGAGAUAUCGUACAAAAGAUAAAGGUUUGGAAGCUGAAGAUGCCACGUGUUGAUCCCUUUUAUGCGGUUAAAUGCAACGACGAUCCAACUGUCUUGGAGAUUUUAGCAGCUUUAGGAAUUGGAUUCGAUUGUGCCUCAAAGGCAGAGAUGCAGAAGGUGUUGCAGUUGGGAGUGGAUCCUUCACGAAUCAUCUAUGCCCACCCAUGCAAGCCUGUGUCCCACAUACGGCAAGCAGCCAAAUUCAACAUCCCACUAAUGACAUUUGAUAAUGAGUCAGAACUUCAUAAAGUAAAGGCAUACUUUCCAAGUGCUAAGCUCGUUCUGCGUCUUCGUUGCGAUGCUGCUAAAGUUCAGUGCCCACUGGGUAUAAAAUUUGGAGUGCUUCCAGAAGAUGCUGGUGUGCUCUUGGCAACAGCUAGAACAUUGGAUCUGAACAUUGUGGGAGUAUCCUUUCAUGUUGGCUCAGGCUGUCGUGAACCUGCAGUAUUUCAUCGUGCCAUUGCAGCUGCUAAACAAGUAUUUGAACAAGCUGAAGCUUUGGGAUUUACCCCAAAUCUGCUAGACAUUGGUGGUGGUUUCCCAGGCACUCGCAGCUCUUCCCUGGAUGAAGUAUCUGAUUAUAUCAACAAAGCACUGGAAGAGUUUUUCCCUGAAGGUUGUGGAGUGAAGAUAAUUGCAGAGCCUGGUCGCUAUGUAGUGGCAUCUGCUUUUACCUUGGCAACGAACAUCUUGGCAAUGAGAGAAGUGUGUGAUGAUAAUGGGUUUAUAUUGUCCACCAUGUACUACAUUAAUGAUGGUGUGUAUGGCUCUUUCAAUUGCACCAUUUAUGAUCAUCAGGCUGUUUAUCCAGUUCUUCUAGAGGAACCUGCUGUGGGUGAGCACCAUAUGUCAUGCUCUAUUUGGGGACCAACAUGUGAUGGCCUAGAUCAGGUAAUAUCUGAAAUUCAACUGCCAAGGCUUUCCUGUGGGGACUGGCUGGUUUGGCCAGAGAUGGGAGCCUACACCCUUGCUGCUGCUGGUACCUUCAAUGGUUUCCCUCUACCAAAAGUACAUGUUGUUGUACCAUAUCAUACUUGGCUGUACUUGGAAGAGCAUCUGGGAUCCUCGGUGAGAUUUACUUCAGUAGAUGGAACAGGUAUUUUAGAUGACUGCUCAAGCCCCAGUUUAAGAGAUGAAGAUUCAUUGUUAGCAAAGAAAAAUGUUUAUCGCACUUGUUCUGCCACUGUUGACAACACUACAUUGGAGGAGCAGUUGGCUCAGCUUGUCAUUGAUGUUGGAGAAAUGUAAACUUUCUAAAUGCAUUUGAGUAGAGAAGUUAGGAAACUGUAACAAAAAAAAAAAAAAGCAACUGCAAAUAACCUGGUUCAUGUUAACCAUUCAACAGUUGGCUUGAAUUACAUAAUCUUUUAUUUUAAAUAAAGGGAAUAGGCAUA